AUGAAAGCAUCUCAUCGGCUCUCAGACAUGUUUAGGGAUGCCCGACUUGCAGGGGAGCGCCCUUACUGGUUGGGCGAGAACAUUUGGAACAGAACGUCUGAAAAGGGUGGCGCCCUGCAUACUGGUGGGUCAAUCACGGUCCAUGAGCAUGCCAUUCGUAUGGCACAAGCUCUGGGACGGGCGGUCCAUGUUGAUGAGGUCUUUGCACAGACCCAUGUUCGGAAGGGCACUAAUGAAUUUUUUGAUGAAAGAUCUCGGAAGACUCAUGAAGAAUUUUCUACGAGACUUCCACAGGAAAACGACAUCUGUAGGACACAGUGCUGGGUCGACAUCGUUGGUGGGAAGAAGAAGGGACGAGUGUAUGGUGCAAGACAACUUGCUGCAAACUAUACAACAUCGAGAGGAGGUACUCUAAAGCACCAACGUUCUUCUUCCACUACUACUGCUGACGAGGCCUUUGUCCGCCUCACGCAAGCACUGGAGCAGUGUGACCAGGAGAUCACUGAUUUGAGAGCAGAGUUUACUGAUUUGAGAGCAGAGUUUACAAACUUUAAGGCCCUGGUCAUGAGUGUGUUGCCUCAAACUGCACAGGAUCAGCUCAGUGUCCCUCCCUCAUCAGUCCAACCUUCAUUAGUCCAGCCCACACCAGUCCAACCAUCUAUAGAGGAGCAGGAUGAUGAAGAUCAUUCUGAAGACUAUGUACAAUUUUAG